UUCCAGGGUAACCGCGUGGUUGUUCGUAUAGUCGAGGUUUGCUAGUAUGGACAAUAUGAACAUCUCACAAGAGCGCUUUCACUUUGCGCCCGCGAAUGCCGAACACGAUGAGUACAAUCCGUUUGAGAAGCGCCAAAUUCACAAAGCCAAUUCAUCUACCGGAACGCUCAUUCACAUGGUGAAGGGCUCCCUCGGUACCGGAAUACUGGCGAUGCCUUUUGCCUUCAAGAAUGGCGGUCUUGUAUUUGGAAUUUUAGGAACUUUGCUAGUCGCGCUGAUCUACGCACAUUGCGUUCAUUUACUGGUCGGAACCUCGCAAAAAUCAUGUAAGCGACACAAAAUACCCGUGCUGGGUUUUGCCGAAACAGCUGAGAACGUGUUUGCCAACGGGCCGAUCGGAAUUCGUAAAUUUGCGGGACUUGCCAAAGCGUACAUAGACUAUAUGCUGCUGGUAAUCAGCUACUUCUCGGUCUGCGUAUAUCUGGUUUUUGUUUCAACAACGCUACGAGACGUGAUCAACUAUGAACUAGAGAUCAAUUGGGAUACCCGAAUCUACAUUUUACUGACAACGUGCGUUGUGGCUGUGAUAACUCAAGUGCGUGAACUCAAAUACCUGGUACCGUUCUCCCUGCUGGCAAACACCUCCAUCAUUGUGGUGUUCAUCAUUACCUUGUUCUACAUCUUCAAGGAACCGGUGUACCUAUCAAAUUGCAAUUUAUGGCCAGAAUUGAGCAAUAUACCAUCAUUUUUUGGGACGGCAGUUUAUGCGAUCGAAGGCAUUGGCAUUGUGCUUCCGGUGGAAAACAAAAUGAAACAUCCUCAGCACUUUCUGCAACCCUUUGGAGUUGCCAACGUGGCGAUCUGCUUCAUAACCAUUAUGUACACUAUUGUGGGAUUUUUCGGUUACGCUACCUACGGACAGGAAACCAAAGGUUCGGUUACACUGAAUCUACCCAAUGAUGAACUCCUGGCCAAAUCAACGCAAAUCCUUGCGGCGAUAGCCAUACUCCUUACUCUCGGGCUGUACUACUACGUUCCGAUGGAGAUUCUGUGGCGAAAGAUUGGACACAAAAUUCCCGAACGCCGACAGAACGUAGCCCAGGUGGGGAUUCGGCUCGCGAUCGUUAUUGCGAUGAUGGGCCUUGCAUUGACGGUUCCACAAUUGGAACCAUUCAUUGGAUUUGUAGGCUCGAUUGGAUCGGCAACGCUGGCAUUGGUGACCCCUAUCGUGCUGGAUACGGUGUUUCGAUGGCCGUCGGAUUUCGGUUGGAUGAGGUGGCGGCUACUGAAGAACAUUGUGCUGGGAGGGUUUGGAUUGUUCAUUCUUGGUGUGGGGACGUAUUUUAGCCUGCUGGAUAUUAUUGCCAUUUAUCAGUAAACAAUAAAUCGACAUGCCCAGCCCACUGUAGUCUGCUGAAAAUGGUUACUCCAUUGUAAUCAGU